UCGAGCAGCUCAGAGACUGCGGUGGCGACCAAGAUGGCGGACAGAAGGUCUGAGGCUUUUUGAGAAACUUUAACAUUUGCGAUCCGACAGCGAUAUAAAUCCUCCAAUAUUCGUAGCCCGCGAAACAAAAGUCGAGUUCGAAGCGUUGGGGUGUGACCUGAAGUGAAGAUUGAAGACGUGAUUGAAGAUGGACGACAACUGCUAUGCUAAGAUGGCGACGUCACGUCAAAAAGAAAGUGAAAGAGGAUCAGCAACGGAGCAAAAGACUAAAGAUGAAGACGUCCAGCAGAUGAUUGGUCAUACGCAAGAACUUUUCCCUGAGCCGCUAGGUGAAGGCUCCACUUUGAAGCAAGAGCAUCCAAGGUCCCCCCACAUUAAAGAGGAAGAGGAGGAAUUAGGAAUAACUCAAGAAGCUGAUCUCACCAAGUUGUCAUUGACUGUUGUCUCUGUGAAGACUGAAGAUGAGGACGAGAAACCAAAACUGGACACCCUCCUAGCUCCACUAUCAGAUUGUGAAGCUGAAGAGGAGGUUGAAGUAACUUUGAGCAGCGAUACAGACUGUGAAGGUGAUAUGAAGACUCAAACUGACAACAAACACUCUGAAUGCUCCAAAAAAAAGAGCGGUAUAAAAUGUUUCAGUUGCUCAGUUUGUGCGAAAAGCUUUACACUAAAGAACACUUUGACAGUACACAUGAGAACACACACAGGAGAAAAACCUUUCAAGUGUUCAAGUUGCGGUAAAACAUUUUCUCAAAAGAUCAAUUUGACAGCACACAUGAGGUCACACACAGGAGAAAAACCAUUCAAUUGUCCAGAGUGCGGUAGAAAUUUUGCUUACAAUACCCAUCUAACAAACCACAUGAGAACACACACUGAAGAGAAACCAUUCAAUUGUUCAGUUUGCUGUAAAAGCUUCUCUCAAAAACCAAUUUUGAAUGAACACAUGAGAAUACACACGGGGGAAAAACCGUACACAUGUUCAGUUUGUGGCAAAAACUUCACCCAGAAACAAACUUUGACAACACACACGAGAACACAUACAGGAGAAAAACCAUACAACUGUUCAGUGUGUGGCAAAAACUUCUCUCAAAAACAAACUUUGACCACACACAUGAGAGCACACACAGGAGAAAACCCAUUUAAUUGUUCAAUUUGUGGUAGAGCAUUUUAUCGUGAACUCAAUUUGACUAGACACAUGAGAACACACACAGGAGAAAAACCCUUUAAAUGUACAGUUUGUGGUAAAAAUAUAUCUCAAAAGGCUAAUUUGGCCGCACACAUGAGAACACACACAGGAGAGAAACCAUUUAAAUGUUUGGUUUGUGGUCAACAUUUUUCCCAAAAUAUCCAUUUGACUGUGCACAUGAGAACGCACACAGGAGAAAAACCUUUCAUGUGUUUAGUUUGUGGUCAAAGAUGUACUCGGAAGAGUGAUUUGACAACACACAUGAGAACACACUCAGGAGAGAAACCAUUCGAUUGUUCUGUUUGUGGUCAAAACUUUGCCCGAAAACUGUAUUUGACUGCACACAUGAGAACACACACGGGAGCAAAAACAUACACAUGUUCAGUUUGUGGGAGAGGUUUUUCACGCAAGGAAAAUUUGACUGGACACAUGAGAAAACACACUGGAGAAAAACCCUUUAAAUGUUCAGUUUGUGGGGAAAACUUUUCUCUCAAGACUUCUCUCACAGGACACAUGAGAACACACAGUGGAGAAAAAAAGCCUUUAAUUGUUCAAUCUGUGGGAAAAGCUUUUUUUUCCGGGUGAUGUAUGAGGGGACACAAUGGAAACACACACACAAAAAAAACAUGUUCCACACGUGGCGUAAGAAAAAUGCCAGACAAUAAAAAAUAUGUUAAGAUACAAGAACAUACACCCGCUAAAAUGUUCAAAGCUGCACUAAAAUGAGCAAAUUGUUUGAUCCCAGGAGAAAAACCUUUUAGUUUCAUCCAUCCAUCCACUUUUCUACCGCUUAUUACCUUUGGGGUGGUGGGGGGCGCUGGUCCCUAUCUCAGCUACAAUCGGGUGGAAGGCGGGGUACACCCUGGACAAGUCACUACCUCAUCGCAGCCUUUAGUUUCAGCAUUCGUACAAUAGCUUUUUCUGAAAAAAUAGGCACAUGUAUGGUGUCUCAGCAUCUGUUUAAUUAAAUUUUUAAAUCUUUACCUCAAACUAAACAUUAAGCAAUUCUUUAUACUGUUGGCGUUUUAAUGUGUUAACUUAGUUGUCUUUUAAGUCCAUCUGUUACAGAAAAUUAAGCAUUAAACAUUUUUUGUCUCCUGUGAGUUCGACUGAUGGUAAAAACAGCAACUACACAACUUUGACUUGUUGAGAACAACAUGGAUGGGGUUUCCCCUCCCCUUCCUUUUGGAUUACAGAAGUGAGCAUCAGUGAUCAUGAAGUUGUGUUCGUGUUAUGUCAACCUUGUGUAAUAGUGUUGUAGUUACAAGGAAUCCCUGCUGAAUUCACCCCAGGGCUGAAUUUCCCCCCCAGGGAUCAAUAAAAUACUUUGUAUUCUA